CGGAAGUAGGCUGUGCCUCUUUAUUUACAGCACGGAAAGAUGGCAAUGAGACCGGGAGCCGGGGGUGCCGGCAGCGGCAGUUUUGUGUUUCCUAUAGUGACCAGCAUUGGCUCAUCUCGAGGAAUGAUACCAGUGCAACAGCAAACCGCUCGGUUUCCCAUGGUACCGGUGAUGCAAACAAAUGUUCAAAAUAUGAUGGCAGUUGGAUAUAGUCCUCAGAUUCCUCAAGGAGCCAUGGCCAUACAGGGUGGGCUAUCUAUGGGUCCAAUGCAAGCAACACCAAUUACUUAUAUGGGGCAAACCGGUUACUUAGGAAUGGCUCCUGCAGCAUCCGCAUACACUGCUGACAUGCAGAAGCAGUAUGUCGAAGAACAACAAAAGCGAUUUGAACAGCAGCAGAAAAUGUUAGAGGAAGAGAGAAAAAGAAGACAAUUUCAAGAACAAAAGCAAAAGUUACGAUUGUUAAGCAGUGUAAAACCCAAAACUGCUGAAAAAAAUAGAGAUGAUGCACUGGAAGCCAUUAAAGGAAACUUGGACGGUUUUUCCAGAGAUGCUAAAAUGCAUCCAACUCCUAUAAUGCAUGCCAGGAAACCAGUUGGCGUUCGGAUGUUCUCAAAUGAAACAGCUGAUUCAAUGCUGCCUUCGUGGAUUUACAAUGAGAGUCUUGUUCCAGACCUCUACAAAGGUAUUUUGGAAACAACUGUUACGCCAUCUGGAAUUGAUACAGCCAAGCUGUAUCCAAUUCUUCUGUCUUCUGGACUUCCCAGGGAAGCACUGGGUCAGAUUUGGGCAAAGGCAAACCAAACUACUCCCGGAAAGCUUACAAAAGAAGAACUGUAUAUUGUGCUUGCCAUGAUUGGCAUUGUUCAGAGAGGAGACUGUUCCUUGAAUAUGGAUAUGUUGAAUCAGUUUUCCUCAGCACCUAUACCAACUUUCAGUAGCUUUCCAGGAAGUUUUUCCUCAGCUGUGGAUCCAUUGCAUGGGGUAUCUCCAAGGCCUCCUGUCUCUAAGCCUCUGGAUGUUAGCCAGCCAGUUGUUACAAUGAAGAGUACGCCAGCUGCUACAGGAAAUGUCACAAUGCAGACGUUCAUGCCAUCAACCUUUACUCAGCCGCUUUUCAAGCCAGAAGAUGAUGAUUUCCAAGACUUUCAAGAGGCAUCCAAAUCUGGACCCAGUGAUGACUCUUUCUCCGAUUUCCAAAGCGAUACGUCUAAAAUGUCAUCUUCACUGUUGAAGAGCAGUGCUCCACCUUUGCUUAUGCCAAUGUCUGGAACACAAGCAGUUGCACUUCCUGUGGUUGAUAAAUAUGCAGUAUUUAAAACAUUCGGUGUGGACCGCAAACUGGAAAGCACAAGUCAAUUUAUAGGAGAUGGUUUUGCAGACUUCAAAUCCUCUUCAGCAGAUGAUGGAUUCACAGACUUUAAAACAGCAGACAGCAUAUCUCCUUUAGACACUCCAUUACGAGAAACCCAGACGUCUCUUGGAUUUAACAUUGGCCCGACCCAGACCCAGACCCAGAAAUCACCUACUCCGCUAAAAUCUUCAUCUGACCUUUCAUUUUCUGCUGUGACAAGCAAUGCCUUUCCAAAAACAUUCCAUGCACCCAAGCCUGUGUCAUUUCCCGUGGCUGCAAAUCCAUUAGCAUCAUCAUCAUCAUCAUUAUCAUUGCCUUUAUCUUCAUCAUCAUCAUCCUCAUAUGUUCCUGUUUCAGCUGUGCCUGCUAAAAGUUCCUCCCUGUUUGAUGAUUUUGGGGACUUCACACUUUUUGGAGGGCCAGUCAAUGCUACAUCUGCUGGUAACCAUAGUGAUUUUACUGACUUCUUGACAAGUAAUAGCAGUGCUACUGAACAAAAAACUGGAGACAAAUAUGAAGCCUUCAAGCAGGAUUCGAGUACAAUUGAUCCAGUACGCUCUACUGGUUCAAACCAGAACCUUCAAACCACUUCUUUAGCAUCCAGUAACAAAUAUGAUUUGUUUGAACACCUUUCUCUGGACAGCUCUUGCACGGGGUAUGAUGAAUCUAAAGAUGCUGCGGGUCUCCCAAAAGACAGUGACUUCACAUUCCAGUAUGACAAAUUCACCACCGCUGAGAGCAAUUCCGAAAAAUCUUUUGUGGACAAGUUUGCUGCUCUCAAGCAAACCAAAGAGGACUCCGUCUCUAUUAAGUCCUUAGAUCUUCCUUCGAUUGGUGGCAGCAGCUUUGGGAAGGAUGACUCUGAAGAUGCACUUUCUAUCCAGUUUGACAUGAAGUUGUCAGAUUUGGGCGGGGAAUUGAAGCAUGGUAUGUCUGAUAGUUCUCUGGAUUUGCCAACGGUUAGUGGUCAGCAUCCGCCUGCUGCAGAUGAUUUUAAAGGCACGAAUGACCAUUCCUCCCUACUGAGCAGUUUGACAAUAUCUGACUGGUCAGAGAAGGACACCGCACAAGUGGACAAAAAACAGACAGACUUUUUUUUUAGCACUGAGUACUCUGCUGGCUCUUCAACAUCCGUGUUCUCCAAGAAAGAAACAUCAUUUGGAAGUACUGAAAAUCUUACCAUGACAACUAUAUCAAAAAUAACUACAUUCUCCAAUGACAUCCAUGCACCAGACGACAACUUGGCAUUUAGUGCAAGCCCUAAAGCACAUGUUGAAAAAGCAAGUGACAUGUUCUCCAGUGGCCUUGAGGAUAUUUCUUCUAUUUCUUUGGGGCACAGUGAAGAAAAUCAUGAGUUGUCUUCCUCUAGUGUUGCUUUAGAGGUGAAGAAUAUAGAUGAUUUUGGUGAAUUUCAAAGGGAGAAGCCCAAAAUCAGUAAAUUUGACUUUCUGUUGGCCAAUGCUCAAGGAAAAAUGAAAUCAAGUGAAGAAAUGAUUAAGACAGAGCUUGAAACAUUGGAUCUCUGUGCUCAAGGAUCUCAUAAGAGAAGCCUUAGCCUUGGGGAUAAAGAAAUCACUCGAACUCCUCCCGCUGCAGAGCCAGCAUUCAGAGACAGGUCUCACACUGUUACUGAGAAGCCUGCCUUACCUGUGAUUAGAGACAAGUACAAGGAUCUCACAGGAGAAGUAGAGGAGAGUGAAAGGUAUGCAUACGAAUGGCAGCGUUGUCUAGAAAGUGCUUUGCAGGUCGUUAAAAAGGCAAAUGAUGCUCUCAAUGGAAUUAGCAGUUCAGCAGUCUGUACAGAAGUUAUCCGGUCUGCACAUGGAAUGGAGUAUUUAUUGGGUGUCAUCGAGGUGUACAGAGUGACCAAGCGAGUAGAAUUGGGUAUAAAGUCCACUGCAGUGUGCAGUGAGAAACUGCAGAACUUACUUAAGGACAUUGACAAACUCUGGAAUAACUUAAUAGGAUUCAUGUCACUAGCCUCUCUAAUGCCUGAUGAAAGUGCACUGGAUUUUGCUUCCUGUAUGCUGCGACCAGGAAUAAAGAAUGCUCACGAGUUGGCAUGUGGUGUGUGCUUGCUAAAUGUAGACUCCCGAAGUAAGGUAAGCAUAAAGGCAUUUAACUCGGACAAUGAUCAUUUUAAACUUUCUUAUGGAGGCCACCAAUAUCAUGCCAGCUGUGCGAACUUCUGGAUUAACUGCGUGGAGCCCAAACCUCCUGGCCUUAUACUGCCAGAUCUGUUGUAAUUUAUUCUGACUUUUUUACACAAAGGAAAUACUACUGCAGGCUGCUGCCUGGAACCGUUCAUCGUCUAGCUGAAAAGCACUGUUUAAUGAAGGCAGUUUUUCUGGGUCUAUCGUGGAAUGCUCUUGUUCUCUACACUGCCUCUUAUAUAAUGCACAUCCAUGCAUUUUAUUGCAGACUUCCUCUAAUGUUAUAAACCUUUUAAUUUAAUUUAUGUGAAAUCAUAAAACUGCAUUUGAUUGUUGCACAUUAGUGAUUCUGAUAUUAAUUCUGUUAGAUCUGUUACAGAACAUCUAAGUAUUUUGAAUAGAGGGGUUAGGUGAGAUACACAUUUAUUUAUUAAUUGCAUCCAAGUUACUAUGACCAACCUUCUUCCUCUGGUUGUCUCUCCUAAUGGUCAUCAGAAGAUUUUCCCUUUCAACUUAAUGGUGAAUUCAUUUGGUGUAGACUCUCUUCUCAAGUAGAGCAGACUAUAGAAGUAAGUGGUUGUGCUGGGCUUCUUCAUCACUUGGUUUUAGCAAUUGGGUGGA